GUGAGAACACAGGACUAAUGGCAUUAUGAUGGGCCAUAACAAGGGAGCUGGGCUUUAUACCCACGGAACAUAAACCCAUUAUGACUUUACCACCACAUGUAGUGAAAGCCCCUUGUUUGGCUAGGUAUUAUUCUGUUGAUACAGGGUAGCUCUCAAACUCACAUCCUCAGAGCUUAGCAAAACUCUAUAGGACUACUUCAAAUGUCUUCACCACCUUUCAAACACUCACCUGUAAUAAACGUAAACCCUUUGAAGUUGUCAAUGUCAAUGGAUCUUAUGACCCAGCAGGUGUAGUUCAGUCUGGGCGGUUCUUGAUGUUUAAAGAAAGAUGUUUUUAUGGUAUUAUGUCAUGUUUUGUGUUGAUCCCAGGAAGAGUAGCUGCUGCUUCAGCAACUGCUAAUGGGGAUCCUAAUAAAAUCCUAAAUGCUAGGUGUGAUAUACUGACCAUUAUCAUGGGAAUUAUGACACCUUCCAAGAGGUGAAGGCUGGGUUGGUUAUUUCUUAUAAAAGGCUGCCACCAACUCCAGUGUCUCGUAGCCCAGACUGACAGCAAGGUUUCCAUUUGGAACCUUGAACCACUAAAAUAUAGACAACCAAUUGAUUAUUGAUUUAUUUGCUGCGGAAUAAUUAGUGUUUUCUGAAUCUGGAACAAAAUAUCAAAGAUUUUCUCUUUUUGUUGGGGAAAAAUGACUUUCUUCAUCAACUUUGUGUUUUUGUCCACAUUUUCUGCCGUGGCUUUGUCUCUUCCAUUCCCUCACAACUCCAUCAAGAGCGUUCCUAAGAAUGGCGCGAGCCGGGACUUUGAAUCAUCCGGUAACGGUCCAGUCGACGAACAGGAGCCUAUUCGGGGAACGGUCAAAGUAGUCAAACUCAACCCCAAUAACCUGGGUCUGUCGGGUCUUUUUAGACGAGGCGGGAUUUUCCCCCGGGGUGCGCCCGGUCCGAGGAUGCCUUUCCCAGCCUUCUUGUCCAUGGGUCGCCCUGGCCCUCUUGCGCUCCCUGACAAAGCAGCUGCGGUGCCUCUGCAUCCACUGUCACAUCUGCACCACGACAGUCAGGGCAAUGGCGGGGUGGGUAUGAAGAAGAGGCAAGGAUUUGAGAUGUGGCAGAGGGCCAUGGAUAAGAGCGACCACAGUAAGACCAUGUCCAUGUCGCUGCCCCUCAGUCUCAAAGACUCUGCCAACAGACAGAGCUGCGCCGCGGUGCCUUUUACUCAGCGGAUAACGUCCGAUGGCUGCGACGCGGUAACAGUCCACAACAAACUGUGCUUCGGUCAAUGCAGUUCGCUGUUCAUUCCCUCUGGUUGGGAGUCUGCCAGGCUGACGGGUGCAGGGGGACACCGCCGUGCGCCAUGUUCCCGCUGCGCUCCAUCCAAGGCUCACACGGUGACGGUGCCUCUGCGCUGUGGGAUGGAGGUGCGGGAGAAGCGCGUGAUGGUGGUGGAAGAAUGCAAAUGUGAAACUGGUCGUGAGGAGGGGAAUAUCGAGGCUGUGGCCUCCAUGCACUUGUAACUGAAGAUACUGUAGUUUAAGGGCGACAUUUUCCAGGUGCAAAAGCUCUGUGCGAAUUAGAAAACGCACACUGCGAAAUUAUAAGGAAGUUUAUAGUAUUUUUUGCACAUUGCAACGCAACAUUCUUGCACUACGACAAUAUCGCCCUAAAUACUUGUUUCCCCCCUCACAGCACCUGCUCUAGCCUAUUUUGAUGACUCUAUUCAUCAUUUUUGGACAGAAAAUAUUUAUAUUGUGAUGUCAGAUGUGGACAUUGAUUAUGUGUAUUGUAUGUGUGAGUCUGAAUUUCUAAUUCAGAGAAAAACGAUUUGGAGGCAAGUGCCACCAAUGAUUGUUGACAAGUGACUAACAUUUUUAGUCAUGAACAUUUCUGUUCAACCCUGUGGCAGAAUGAGUCAUCCACUCCACAGUGUAAUCAUGUUGAAUAACUUGUUUAGUUUCAUCUGAACUGAACUGCAUUUUGUUUUUGUGAAAUAAAAAUGUCAAUCUA